AUGAAAUGCAUCCUACCCCAGAAUCCAAAUGAACUAUUAUCGAUAGACUUUUACGGACCACUGCCCACGGCGAAAUACGGAAAGAAAUUCUUGUUCGUGGCUAUAGACGUAUUUUCAAAACUUACCACUCUAUAUGCCCUACAAAAAGCAACAACGAAUGCAACAGUAAAGUGCAUAUUCGAAGAUUACAUUCCCAAAAACGGAGAGCCUCAGGCAAUACUCUCGGACCAAGGAACGCAAUUCACGGCAAAAACGAACCGCGAGCUAUCACGUUUUUUUAGAACAUUCUUGCCACAACAACACCACAGGUGGAUCGAAUGGCUAAAGCCGAUUGAAGGCUGCAUCAAUGAGGCAUAUCACGAGACGACGGGAGUAAUACCACGGCAGCUACACUUCACAGAGAAACCUCAGAAACCAUGGACAAAUGUUUUGAAAAAACCAGCCGACCAAAUACAAACAGCAAAAGACCUUAUAUUAACAGCCCGCAACAACACAAGAAACAGACGGAAGAAACACGCUGAGAAAGUGAACAGUCAGCACAAAAUCACAGAAUUCAGGGUGGGAGAUCUUGUUUUGGUCAAGGCAUUGAACGUCUCAAACCCCGCUACACGAACGUUGGCGAAAUUCCUACCUUUAUAUGAAGGGCCAUACGAAGUCAAACGGAAAAUAAACAACACUUCAUACAUCCUGAAAAUCCUUGAAAGCGAGAAGGAGAGGGGUAUGUUCCACGCUCAAAACCUACGCCCAUACUACCACUAA